AUGUUACUUGAAGAGUCAAAUGUAGAAUGGGCCAAAGUUAAAAAGAAAAAAGAAAAUGAAUUACAUACAAUUAUUGCAAACUAUUAUAGAACUCCUAUAGAUAUGACAAAAUUUAAGUUUCAGACCUCAAGACCAAGACCAGAAAUUUUAGCAUCUAGUUCCUUACAAACAAAUAACAUAUCCAUUACUACAACAAUACCACAAAAAUCAGAUAUACCUUCUAAUGCUAUUGCACAAUUAGAAGCUAAAAAAACAAAGAAACUGCUGAAAAAAAAACAUAGAAUAUAUGCGACUUCUUGA